GGUGUGAUAGAGGUAAUCUUUUAUCGAUCGUGAAUGUGAGAAUCAGAUAUAUUAUUAUUUACGCAUUGUUCAUCGGUGUCGAAGAAAUCCAAGAAUUCAUAGUAGGUAAAAAUGUCCGAAAAAUAAGAAACCCAGUGGAAACGACUUUAGAAAGAAACGAUUAGAGAAACCAAAAAUGGCGAAUUAUCAUCGAGGCAGGUGAUGUUUUUUGUUUUCGUUUAUUGAUACCUACUUUUUCUGCAGGGGCUCCCAAAAAUUCUUUGCUUCAGGCGCCAAAAUUGCUCGCGCCGGCCCUGUGUGGACAUCGACUCGUCUCAACGGAAGAGUUGUGAAACUAUUCACGAAACGGAUCGUUAUUAUUACGGCGGUAAGAACGUAACAUGUAAAAUGGGAACAUGUUAGAUUUUUAACGUGUUCGUGGUCGUGGAGCGACCAUAGUGGAAGAAGACAAAGGUUAUUUUCGAUUUUGUUUGUACUGAAUUGUGCUGUAAUAGACGAAGAACCAACAUACAAUUGGCAAAUACGUUCGUGAAAAACGAAUAUACGUCAUAUAAUUCUAUUCGCGUGUAUAACAGAGUGAAUUCAACGGUCGCCUUCCACCACCCAUGUCAACCUAGCUAUAUUCGGAGCGGCUUCUAUCGAUAUAUCAUUCUCAGCGAAGAGGUCAAGAAGAGAGGACUUGUUUUCAAAAUGAGUAUUGUAGUUCGUUUUGGUGAUACUGAGAAUUUACAAUUCCUAGAAUAUUAUAGGAAUGAGAAGGUGUUAUGGGACCCCUCACAUGAGGAUUAUAAAAAAAAAGAUAGACGGGCUGCAGCAGCACAACGAAUUGCAAAAAAGCUAAAUGUGUCGAAUUUCACUGCUUCCCAUGUCAUUAUGAAAUUUAAAAAUUUACGAAGUUCCUACUCUCAGGAAUUGAAAAAAAUUGCGACCAGUAAAAAAAGUGGUGUUAGUUCAGACGAUGUAUACAAGCCAAAGGUGGUUUGGUUUAAAAUGAUGAAUAGUUUUCUCAGACCUCAUGUGAGAACGCGUGAAACACAGUCUAAUUUGGAAUCGACAGAAAAUAGUGAAUAUUCCGAAGACCUAUCGCAAAUAAAUUAUGAAUAUUCGGAAGACUUAUCGAUAAUAAAAAGUGAAUAUUCAGACCAAUCCGUAGUAGGAGAUGAAGAAGAAGUAAUUUAUGAAGAUCAACGGUCUUCUGAAACAACUCAAUGGGGAGAAUUCGCCUCAAAAGAGGGAUAUAACUCACCAAAUCCUAGCAAAAGAGCUAAACGUACUUCAAGCAUUAAUACUGAUGGCACUAACACGUCUUCUUUGAACGAAGCACCGAAUCGAUUGAGGUCUAUUCCAUCGAAUCGAUCAGACAUCUAUGAUGAGUAUAGUUUGUUUGGCGAGCAAGUAGGAAUGAAGAUACGAAAACUUUCUUCAGCAAGAGCUAGGAUGAUGGCGCAAAACAUGAUCAAUAACAUACUAUAUGAGGCUGAAAUAGGGAUGUAUGACAAUGAUCAGCAAAAACAAAAUAGUGCUCUAUACAGUCGGCCAGUUCCCUAAAGAUUCGGAGCAACCAUACACCUCCCUGCAACCUAAGGAGAUACCAUGAUACCAAGGUCUUGUCUUAUAUGUACAUAAUUUAGUGAAUAUAGCUGUUUCUUAUAUUAUAGUCAGUAAGGAAUGAACAUUUUUUAUCAACUACUAAAAGUGAUGAAAAAGUCUAUCUACUUUUAAUAACUCUCAAAUUGUAACAUACUUACUCGUUUCAAUUAAAUCUUUUGAAUUGCCUA